CCGCCCUCCGUCGCCGGCGAGAUGAUCCCCUUCAGCUCGGCCGUCGCCGCCGAGGUCCGCUCCCUCGUCCAGGGCGCCGACGGCUCCACCCUCGAUUCCAUCUACCGCGAGCUCUGCCAGUUAGCAGACUGCAGUCCUGAUGGUUGCAUUUUACUGCUUCAAGUUUGUCUCGAUGAAGUGCUGCUGAGUGUUGGGGUGGCACAAAAUUCCCAAUCAAAACAAUAUCUUUUAGCCACUAUUUUCAGAUAUUGUCUGGAUAAACCAUACUUCAGCACCUGUUUUUGUGAAGCACUGAAGACAGUCUCUGUCAGUGAUGUUUUCCUUGAAACAUUGUCAAAUGAACUUGAUCUAUCAAGAGCUGAGAAGGUUGGUAUCGGACUUUCCCUGUCAGAUUCUGAGAAUAUAGGAUUGAAUCUGAAAGGCCAAAGAUUUUCAAUUGCUCAAAUCGAGGAGUUGUGUGAAAAUCCUGCACAACAUAUAUCAAAUGACCAAAUUCAUGAUAUUGUUGUGUUUAUUCACCGUACUGAUGGCCUCUCAAAGCACAUGGAUUCUCUUACUAACAUUAUUUCCCUAUUCAAAGUCAAAGACACGCCAUUCCAUGUUCCUCUCCCUAUUCAGGAUGGCAAUGUUUGGCCAGCUUCAAGACAUACAGAGCUAUGUGCUGGUAGCUUAGAUGAUGAUUUUGAUUCCCUUUUAUCUGAAAUUGGGAAAGAAAUAAGCAUGGCUGACAUCAUUACUGAAUUGGGCUAUGGAUGUACUGCUGAUAUUGCACAUUGUAAAGAUGUACUAGCACUUUUUGAGCCCCUCAAUGAUUUGGGAAUAUCUAAGUUGCUUGGGGCUGUUGUUUCCACUACCCUUGGUCUUGAUGAGGCUAAUAAUACGUAUUCAACAUUCAUUUCGGCUUUCGGCAACAGCCAAACAAGUGACUCAAUUCAAUCAACGGCAUGGAAUAUCAAUGUUCUUGUGGAUUCAAUUAAUGAAACUGCCCCAAGAACUAACUGGACCACUGUAAUGGAAAACCUUGACCAUGAGGGUUUCAAUAUCCCAGAUGAAGGAGCUUUUCGUUUAUUGAUGUCUAUAUAUUCCCGGGCUUGCAAGGAUCCAUUUCCCCUUCAUGCCAUCUGUGGAUCACUGUGGAAGAAUUUAGAAGGGCAAUUAUCAUUCUUGAAACAUGCAGUGGCCGCCCCUGUUCAUACAUUUACAUUUAAACAUUGUUCCAGGAAGAUGGUAUUUCCCGAAUUGGCUAACAUCCAAGACAAUCAGGCUUGGUACUGCCUAGACCUUUUGGAGGUGUUAUGCCAGCUUGCUGAGCUUGGGUUUGCAACAUCAGUGCGAUCGAUGCUGGACUAUCCACUAAGUCAUUGUCCAGAAGUCUUAUUUCUUGGUGUUAGCCACAUUAAUACUGCGUAUAAUCUCCUCCAGUAUGAAGUACUGUCUUGUGUUUUCCCUGCUAUACUCAAGGACACUAAACAUAACAGUCUAUUGAAAUAUCUCUGGCAUCUCAACCCUUCUCUUACCCUUCGAGGAUUUGUUGAUGCCCAUUCUGAUAUAAGUUGUCUUUUGAGAAUCGUUGAUAUAUGUCAAGACCUAAAGGUAACACAGAUCCUAUCUACGGUCCUUGAUUUUACUUCUUUAGCAUUUAGCAUCAAACUUGCUACAGUUUCCUUUCGAAAUGAUAAUAGCAACCUUGAGAAAUGGAUCACUGAAAAGUUGAGUGCACAGAGAGAGGCUUUUAUUGAGGAAUGUAUUAAAUUCUUGAAAGAAAUUGUGGUCAAUACAACUUAUGAUGCCGAAGAAGGUGUCAUCCAACAAUCUGAAGCUACAAUCGCGAAUAUUUGCUGGGAAUCUUGUCCUCUAUUUAUAAAGGUUCUUCAGUCUCACUCAGGGCAGCUGUUGACUAACCAACUGGUGGAUGAACUAAGUAGAGUGGGAGCUGCAUAUGAAUCAAGGAAUCAUGGUGCUGUAGGAAGGAAAAUUCCUACUCCCGAGGGAGGUUCUGAUGACAUUGAAGCACAGGCAAAUAUAUAUUUUCACCAGAUGUUUUCAGAACAGAUAAGCACUGAUGCUAUGAUACAAAUGCUUGCACGCUUCAAAGAGUCUACAAACAAGAGGGAGCUAGCAAUUUUCAAUUGCAUGAUCUCAAACUUGUUUGAAGAGUACAAGUUCUUCCCAAAGUAUCCAGAUACACAGCUUAAGUUAGCUGCUAUUCUUAUGGGCUCGCUCAUUAAACAUCAACUUGUGGCUCACCUGGGACUUGGAAUUGCUCUACGUAAUGUUCUUGAUGCCUUGCGUAAAUCUAUUGAUUCAAAGAUGUUUAUGUUCGGUACGGCAGCUCUCGAGCAGUUCAUGGAUCGUCUAAUAGAGUGGCCGCAAUACUGCAACCAUAUAUUGCAGAUCUCACAUCUUCGUGGAACGCAUGCCGAAUUAGUCUCUGCAAUUGAGCGAGCACUUGCCAAUAUAUCAUCAAGUCAAAAUGAACCAAAUAGUAGCAGCAUAUUUCCUGUGGAUCAGCAUGGUUCUGGUUCACCGUCUAUUGGGAGCAUAGAGGCUUCUGAAGCAUCAUGGCAGUUCAUUAAUCCUCCAACACAACUAGAACGGUCGCCUUCUUCUUUUCCACUGCAACAGAGGCACCAGGGUUUUCUUGGGGAGAGGUCCAAGGGUUCUACAAACAGCAUUCAAGCUAAGAACAUUUUAUCUGUCAGUCAACCUUUUUCUUCGAUACCUGCUGAUUCGUCUAUUACUCAAAAGGUUACUGCGUCGCCAUCCUCACAAUCUUCUCCCCACCAUUCUACCACUAUUUCAACUCCAUCACAAUCUACUAAUUUUCUGAGGCCCAGAAGCUCAGCUCCUUCAGGCACUCGAUCUUCGUACACAACAGGAUUUGGAGCUGCUUUAAAUAUUGAGACUCUUGUUGCUGCAGCAGAACGACGAGAUACAUCAGUUGAGGCCCCUCCCUCUGAAGUUCAAGACAAGAUUUUUUUCAUGAUCAACAACAUCUCCAUUUCUAAUUUGGAAGCUAAGGCAAAAGAAUUUAAUGAGGUUUUCCAGGAACAGUACUAUCCUUGGUUUGCACAAUACAUGGUCAUGAAAAGGGCAAGCAUCGAACCUAAUUUUCAUGACUUGUAUUUGAAGUUCUUCGACAAAGUGAACUCAAAAUUGUUGAAUAAAGAAAUGGUGAAAGCUACAUAUGAGAACUGCAAGGCCUUGUUGCAAUCGGAUCUUAUCAAAUCAAGUUCUGAAGAGAGAUCGCUGCUAAAAAAUCUGGGUAGUUGGCUAGGAAAGCUCACUAUUGGAAGGAAUCAAACAUUACGAGCAAAGGAAAUUGACCCCAAAAUUCUUAUAGUUGAGGCAUACGAAAGGGGGCUGAUGAUUGCAGUAGUUCCGUUCACUUCAAAGAUUCUUGAACCUUGCCAUUCAAGUAUAGCAUAUCGUCCUCCAAAUCCAUGGACAAUGGGUAUUCUUAGCCUACUUGCAGAGAUCUAUAAUCUACCAAAUCUCAAGAUGAACCUGAAGUUUGACAUUGAGGUCUUGUUUAAGAACCUCAGUGUGGACAUGAAGGAUGUAAAACCAUCUUCUUUUCUGAAAGAUCGUAUUCGCCAAAUUGAAGGAAAUCCGGAUUUUUCAAAUAAAGAUGUCAGUGCAUCUCAAACACCAGUGGUUGCAGAGGUUUCCUCUGGUAUGAUUCCAGCCAAAAAUCUUGUGGAAGUGCAACCAGAGUUAAUUAGUACCUCCCGGUCUACUAGCCUCCCAAAUAUGUUAAACCAGUAUGCACCACCUCUUCGUCUUCCUCCAAACAGCAUGGUAGAAGACGAUAAGGUUGCUUUAAGAAUGCCCGAUCAGAUUUCACCUUCGCAGACAUCGUCUCCAUCGCCUGCUCUGUUUACUCUUAGUCAGCUUAUGGCAGCGAUCCCACGCGCGGAUAUAUAUUUCAGAAUUAAUGAAAAGCUUAGCUCUCUUGGUUCACUACAAUAUAGCAAAAUCAUGGAUGUUGCUUUGGAUAAGGCUAUUAAAGAAAUUAUAGGCCCUGUUAUUCAGAGAAGUGUUACAAUAGCUACCCGAACCACUAAGGAACUUAUUAUUAAGGAUUUAGCAAUGGAAUCUGAUGACAGUGCCGUAUCUCGUGCUGCACAUUUGAUGGUUGGCACACUAGCUGGAAGUCUUGCUCAUGUAACUUCCAAGGAGCCUCUUCGUGUUGCUUUGUCGUCUCAUCUUCGAAGUCUCAUUCAGAACCUGAAUAACAACAGCGAAAGCACUGAGCAGAUUGUUCAUAUUCUGAUCAAUGACAAUCUCGAUCUUGGCUGUGCCCUAAUAGAGACUGUUGCGACACGCAAGGCUGUUGAGAUGAUUGAUGGAGAAAUCAAGCAGCCCUUUUCACAGCUAAGGAGGCAGAAAGAGUUACUUGGUUCUGGAUAUUAUGAUGCUUUUCCUUACACUCAAGGUCUUGCGCGUGUCCCGGAUGCACUUCGGCCAAAGCCUGCUGGUCUUUUAUGCGCUACCCAACAACGAGUUUAUGAGGACUUCAUUACUGUAUGGCACAGCCAGAGUAGUCAAAAUGCUGGAGCUACCACUUCUGCUACAGCCUUGACUGUUGCUCCGGGCAAUUCCAGUAUACCUCGACUGUAUAGCCCAAAUUUGGUACAGCCAUCAGAUCUGGUUCCGGAAGAGUCCGAUCAUGGUACUACGCAACUUUUAAGUGUUUCCACACAACUUGGUGCAAGUGACACUUUUGCCCCCACAAGCCUUACAUCUGUAUUCCCCUCUAUGUCAUCUAAUGAUGCCCCAGUGGGUGAACCAACAGUUGCGACUGAAAACUGCUACCAGGAUCUAGGUUCAACCACACCUCUUUCACCUACGGCUGCUGUUGAUCGCAUGGAAUCUGUUUUCGCUGAACCUCUGAAUACUGAAGAUGCAUUGGAGAGAUACCAACAGGUUGCACUGAAGAUUGAAGCCUUGAUUGCCAGUGACGGUAAAGACUCAGAAAUUCAGUCUGUUAUUGCGGAAGUUCCUGAUAUCUUAUACAGAUGUGUAAGUCGAGAUGAAGCUGCAUUAGCUAUGGCACAAAAGGUUUUCAGAAAUUUGUAUGAAAAUGCAUCAAAGGGUACUUCUGUUACAGGGAUUCUAGCAACUUUAGUUGCAAUAUGUGAUGUUUGCAAACUUGUUGUUAAAGAGAUAACAAGCUGGGUAAUGUACUGUGAUGAAGAUAAGAAGUUUAACGUCGACAUAAUUACUGGAUUAAUUCGUUCUGAGAUUCUUAAUCUUGGAGAUUACGAUGUUCAUCUAGCAAAGAUCAUUGAUAGUGGAAGAAACAAGGGUGCAACGGAGUUUGCUAUAUCACUUGUCCAGACAUUGAUCACUCAAGAACCCAAUGGCGUCUCCAAGCUUUAUAAUGUUGUCGAUGUAUUAUCAAAGCUUGCGAUCGGGCCUGGUUCACCAGAAUUGUUGCAGCAGUUGAUUGAGAUUGCAAGGAGUAAUUUCAACAACUCUGCUAGCUUUGCUGCCAUGAAGGAUGAAAAGGUUUUAUCUGGCCGCGCUUCGAUGUAUAAAGAAGAAAACGAUACUGCUUUACCAGAUGGUGUUAGUUUUCAAGACCAGGUUGCAGUCUUAUUCUCAGAUUGGUGCCACAUAUAUGAUCAUCCAAUUAUGGGUGAUUCAGAAUAUAGUCAUUACAUUGCGCAGUUGCAACAACAUGGCUUGCUUAAGGGAGAUGAUUUGACUGACCGCUUCUUCCAUAUUCUCACGGAACUUGCUGUCACACACACUGUUGUCUCUGAGCAACUUAUUGCUCCUGGUGGAAUACCUCAGCAACCUGCCCAGCAACUCCAGAUUUCAUAUUUCUCGAUUGAUUCAUAUUCGAAGCUUGUGACUUUAGUGUUCAAGUACUGCGUGAAUAUAGCACCAAAUAAAGGCAGCCUUCUUCCGAAGAUUCUCUUCGUAACUGCUAGGACCAUUCAGAAAGAUGCUGAAGAAAAAAAAGUUUCUUUCAACCCUCGGCCAUAUUUUAGAUUAUUUAUAAAUUUGCUAAGUGAGCUUAGUACCGCUGACCUUCAUGAUGCUGCUACUUUUCAGGUUUUGACUGCGUUUGCAAAUGCAUUCCAUGUGCUGCAACCUCUGAGAGUUCCUGCAUGGAGCUUUGCUUGGCUCGAAUUGGUAAGUCAUAGAAGCUUCAUGCCAAAGUUGCUGCUGUGCAAUUCACAGAAGGGCUGGCCAUUAUUCCAGAGGCUGCUUGUUGAUUUGUUCAAAUUCAUGGAACCAUAUCUAAGAAAUGCUGAAAUGGGACAACCUAUUCAUCUUUUAUACAAGGGAACUUUGAGAGUGCUACUUGUUCUACUCCAUGACUUCCCUGAAUUUCUUUGCGACUACCACCUCAGUUUCUGUGAUGUGAUUCCCCCAAGCUGCAUUCAAAUGCGCAAUGUUAUUCUGAGUGCUUUCCCACGCAAUAUGAGACUUCCAGAUCCCUCUACUCCUAAUUUGAAGAUUGAUCUGCUACCUGAAAUUUCAAAAGCUCCAAGAAUCAUGUCUGAUGUGGAAAGUGCUUUAAAGGCAAAGCAAAUGAAAACUCAGGUUGACGAGUACCUCAAGAGACCAGAAGGUUCAUCCUUUUUAACCGAUUUAAAGCAGAAGUUACUGCUGCCUCUAAAUGAAGCAAAUGUGGCUGGAACUCGUUAUAAUGUUCCCUUGAUUAAUUCGCUUGUCGUUUAUGUCGGCAUCCAGGCUGUGCAACAGUUGCAGCAUAACAAGGCGAAUGCAUCAGCACAGCAAAUCAACCAAAGUUCCCAGGUGGAGAUUUUUCAGAUUGAAACAGCUACCGAGGUCUUCCAGAAUCUGAUAGUGAAUAUGGAUACUGAAGGCCGUUACCUCGUCCUGAACGCAAUUGCUAACCAACUGCGCUAUCCAAACAAUCACACCCAUUACUUCUCCUUCAUCAUUCUGUACCUGUUUGCUGAGGCAACACAGGAUAUUGUACAGGAGCAGAUAACAAGAGUUCUUUUAGAACGUCUAAUAGUUAACCGUCCUCAUCCGUGGGGAUUACUAAUUACUUUCGUUGAGCUCAUAAAGAACCCACGGUACAGCUUUUGGGCUCGGCCCUUUACACAUUGCGCACCCGAGAUUGAGAGGUUGUUCGAGUCUGUUGCAAGGUCUUGUGGAGGAAAAGCUGUGGACGAGGGAGUUGUUUUAGCUGACGGUAGCCAUUAGAGAAUGUGUUCUAUGAGCUAUUUGUUCAUUUAUGACUGCUUUAGGACAAUCGUGCAAUUAACGUUUAAUAUCUACUCCAUCUGUUCCAAAAUAACUGUCGCAACUUUAUCUUGAUGCGGAUGUAUCUAUAAAUGAAAUAUUUCUAGAUAGGUAAUAUUGAUAAAUUGGUGACAUUUAUUUU